CUCAGCUCCAAUCCCCCAUCUCCCAAGCCAAAUCAAACCCAAGGAAAGCCCAAAUAGAAAAGCGUGCUGUUUUUUCCUCCUCUCGUGCGCCUCCCACCCCCCGCGAUCCCAAUUCGAUCCGCUCGCCCCUCUCCCGAUCCACCCUCCUCCCCCGGCCGCCCAAUCCGGCCGCCGCCGCCCGGAUUCGCGCGGAUUCGGCCGCGGACUCGCGCUCCCCGGGGUCGGAAACCCUAGAUCCACCGCCGCCGCCACCAUGUUCUGGCGCAUGACCGGUCUCUCCGCGGCCUCACCCGUGGAUACAAUCCUAGACAAGGAAAAUUUUACACUUGAAGAACUUCUUGAUGAGGAUGAAAUUAUUCAAGAGUGCAAAGCACUGAACACCCGACUCAUAAAUUUCCUCCGUGACAAGGCCCAGGUGGAACAAUUGCUUCGUUAUGUUGUUGAAGAAGUUCCAGAUGACGCUGAAAAAAAGCGCUCUUUCAAGUUCCCUUUCAUUGCUUGUGAGAUAUUUACUUGUGAAAUAGAUGUCAUUUUGAGGACCCUAGUAGAGGAUGAAGAGUUAAUGGAUUUGCUUUUCUCAUUUGUGAAACCUGAUCAUCCACACAGCACAUUAUUAUCUGGUUACUUCAGUAAGGUGGUAAUUUGUUUGAUGCUGCGGAAGACUGCCCCACUAAUGAAUUAUGUUCAGGAGCAUCCAGAGAUCGUUGUCCAACUUGUCGACCUGAUUGGCAUCACAUCUGUAAUGGAGGUGCUGAUACGCCUGAUUGGUGCUGAUGAGACCAUAUAUUCAAACUAUGCUGAUACAAUGCAGUGGUUAGAAAAUACAGAUGUUCUUGGAAUGAUCGCAGAUAAGUUUAGCUCAUCGGACUCUCCUGAAGUGCAUGCCAAUGCUGCCGAAAUUCUUUGUGCUGUGACUCGAUGUGCACCUCCAUCUCUCGCUGCAAAGAUAUGCAGUCCAAGUUUUGUUGGGAGGUUGUUCUGCCAUGCUCUUGAAGGAUCAAGACCCAAGUCUGUGCUGGUUCAUUCAUUGUCAGUGUGCAUAUCUUUGCUGGACCCAAAAAGAUUGGCAUCAGCUUCCUAUCAAGCAUUCAGAAGCAACGUAAGUCAUGGGGCAUUGGUCACUGCCAGUCCUGAGACAGUUGAUGGUAUGCUCGAGAGUCUAGGUAAUUUGCUCAACUUAUUGGACACCUCUACCGCUGAAAAUGUUUUGCCUACAACUUACGGAUGUUUACGCCCACCUCUGGGGAAACAUCGACUGAAGAUUGUGGAGUUCAUCUCUGUUUUGCUGACAGUUGGUAGUGAAACUGCUGAACAAGAGCUAAUCAGCCAAUCGGCAAUAAAGCGCUCCAUUGACUUAUUCUUUGAGUACCCGUAUAACAACUUUUUGCACCAUCAUGUCGAGAAUAUAAUUGUUUCUUGCCUGGAGGGUAAAAGAACAGAACUUGUCGAACAUGUUCUUAAUGAAUGUGACAUUGUUGGUAAAAUUCUUGCUGCCGAUAAGCUUUCUUCUUUGUCAACAGAGUCUAAUGGGCCUACUGUGCCGUCUGAAGGGAAAACCCCUUCAAAAAUUGGGAAUGUUGGUCACAUGACAAGAAUAGCCAAUAAACUCAUUCAGUUGGGAAAUAGUAACAGCACAAUCCAGACUCACCUGCAGGGUAACAGUGAAUGGGUUGAAUGGCAGACAGAUGUUCUGGUCAGGCGAAAUGAGGUGGAGAAUGUUUAUCAUUGGGCUUGUGGACGCCCAACCUCGCUUCAUGACCGUGGUAGGGAUAGUGAUGAUGAUGACUUCCGAGACAGGGAUUAUGAUGUUGCAGCUCUGGCCAAUAACUUGAGCCAGGCAUUCCGCUAUGGGAUAUACAGCAAUGAUGACAUUGAAGAGGCACAAGGGUCACUUGAACGUGAUGAUGAGGAUGUCUAUUUUGAUGACGAAUCAGCUGAGGUGGUAAUAUCUUCCCUGCGUCUGGGAGAUGAUCCGGACGGCAGUUCCCUCUUUACAAAUUCAAAUUGGUUCACGUUUGAUGGAGAGAGAGGUAUCAAUGACCGUUUAGCUGCCUCUGUUCCUUCUUCCUCUCCCAACUCCGAGGAGGCUUCCCCAGACAUGGAGGAAGCUGAUGAUGGUGAAGCAAUUGGCACUGAGGAUCAAAUGGAAACUUUGGGUCAUGGAAAUGGCCCUGCUAAGGAGGCAGAAGAUGCUGCAGAAUGUACCAAACAGACAAAUUUUAGCACUGAGAAUGAGCAACUAGAAAGUGCAGAAGGUACCGAGCGGCAUCCAGAUGUUUCAAUUGGUCGUACUGAAGCUAGCACAGACGAAGCUGCCUCUGAAGCAGCUGAAUCUUCAGCCCCAGCUACUGAGACACAGGCAGAGAGAACAGUUGAUAAACCAGCUGUCUCAUCUGAUUUGGACAAUCCUAUCUCUGAAGCUUCACCCGAUCCCGAUGUCAAUGUGAGUGAUUUGGCUGGCUCGGCAUUAUCUUCUGAGCAAGCUGUCCGUCACGAUUAUGUGGAGGUACCGAUCAAGACUGAUGCAGUUGUGGAUACUGAAAAGAAAACUGAUACAGUCGUGGAAACUGAUGCAGUCGGGGAUGUUGGAGUGAAAGCUGAUGCAGUCGUGGAGGUACCAAGCAAGGAAGUAUCUGCCGUGGAUGUUGAAGCUAAAACUGGCGCAGCAGAAGCAAAAGAGUGAAUUGGCAGCGUAUCUCAUGGACUGAAAUGGCAUAGCUGACGAGCAAUUAUUAGUCAGACCCCUCAGAAGACAGGCAAUCAUCUUUGCUUCAAGUGCUCAUCAGCCACAAGCAACUUCGAAGCAAACUGCUGUACAAUAAGCAAGUGUACUAUUUUGCCUUCCAUUGUGGCCAAUCACUGUACAAAUGAGCACCAUUGUCUAACUGCACGCGCACACUUCAUCAGAAAUUGGUCAAUUUGCUUCAAAAUUUACCCUCCGUUUCAUGGGGGACAAUUGGUUGAUGCGAAAUGUCAUUUGGCGGUAGUCUCGUGUCUUGCGAUAUGUGAAAGCACAAUUCUUUUUGGAUGGCAACUGUUUUGUCUACUUUAGUCUUUUGUUUCAUUAUUAGGUUAAUUUGGAACUAUAAUAUUUCACAUGGUAUUAUUUCUAGUUUAGCUAUUGUAAUUCUUUCUGACUCGAUGUGCUUCAGUUCAAAUAGAGAAUGCUAUUUUUUUUAUGAAAAUAUUUGUGCUCGUUGCUUUAAAUUGUUUCA